AUGCCUGCUCCUCUUUACCCCUACCCUCAUAGUUCGGUCUUUGCUUCCGCCUCGGAAGCCAACCCAGAGAAAAAUGGCCCUCCUCGCGUGCAAGCAUCUCAUGAGGACGAGGAUGCCAUCGCCGAUAUCCAUCGAUGCUUGACGGAGAAGGACCUUCCACAGUAUCCAGAACCGCACUCGUCGUUUGAUAAAUUCCUCGAGGAACAGUUCCAGGGUGGUAAGAAACGAUCGAAUCGGGGCGUGUGCUUCCAGUCACUUUCAACCUGGGGAGAGGGAAACAGCCACACCGAUGUCAAGACUCUUGCUACCGCACUGUGGCGGACACUGACUAUGCGUGAUGUCUAUGAAUGGACAAUCCAACCGUGGGUCUCAAGCAAGAAGCCCCAACAUGGACGUCCUCUCAUUCGAGACUUCUCCGGAGUAGUUCAGAGCGGAGAGAUCAUGCUCGUGCUCGGUCGCCCUGGUGCGGGAUGUUCAACCUUUCUUCGCACAGUUGCGGGACAUCACUCAUCUUUUCUUGGGGUGACUGGUUCAAUUGAUUACUCUGGUCUGAGUCUAGAGGAGGUCCAGAAGCACUAUCGGGGAGCCGUGGCUUAUGUGCCCGAGGACGACGUCCAUUUUCCUACACUCAAUGUGCGCCAGACCCUAGAGUUUGCGUUACAGAGCAAAACCCCGAAACGAUACCGUGAACGCAUCCCGCGAUAUCUUGAGAUCUACAGCCGAGUCUUCGGCAUGUCACACACCAUGAAUACGCUGGUGGGCAAUGAGUAUAUACGAGGCGUUUCGGGUGGUGAGCGGAAACGCAUUUCUAUCAUCGAGUCUUUGGCUACCGACUCUUCCGUGAUAUGCUGGGAUAAUUCCACCAGGGGACUGGAUGCAUCUUCUGCUCUGGAUUAUGCGCGCUCUCUGCGGAUCAUGACAGACACCUCCCGAAAAUCGACUCUUCUUACACUAUACCAAGCAUCUGAUGCUAUAUAUGAGUUGAUGGACAAGGUGAUCUUGAUUGAAGAAGGGCGAAUGCUCUUCCAAGGCCCGGCCAACGAAGCCAAGAAGUACUUCGAGGAUUUGGGCUAUGAAUGUGCCGACAUGCAGACAACAUCUGAUUUUCUAACCAGCAUCCCUGUUCCCGAGCGGCGCAGGUUUCGUCCAGGUUGGGAAGACCAUGCACCCAAGGGGCCAAUUGAACUCGAGAAUGCAUUUCGACAAAGUACUGCGUUUAAGAAGAUCGGCGAAGAGGUCAAGAGCUACGAGAAUAGGCGACUGAAGGCGAGUUCGGUCUGUCAGACUGACUCGGAGUCUGGCAGUGUGGACGAGUUCAAGAAAACCAUUCAGAGCGACAAAUCCCGUUUCGUGUCAUCCAAAUCACCAUACACCAUCUCCCUCUUCCGGCAGAUUGUGCUGUGUGCCAAACGGCAAAUGUGGCAGAUGAAAGGCCACAUGAGCCCCUUGUACAUCAAGUUGAUCUCUUGUGUGGUUUACGGGCUGCUGGUGGGGUCUAUGUUUUACAAUCAGCCCCAGACAACAGAGGGCAUCUACUCGCGCGGGGGGGUGUUAUUUUACUCCUCAAUCCUGCUUGCUUGGUUGCAAAUGUCCGAGUUGGAAGACGCAAUGCAAGGUAAAGAGAUCCAGACUCGUCAGAAGAAGCUCACUUUUGUACGACCGAGUGCGGUCUGUCUGGCUCGGGUUCUUGCGGACUUGGUCGUAGCUGCUGUUCUUACAUUCUUGUACCUGAUUGUAUUGUACUUUUUGUCUGGUCUACGCCCAGAGGCCGGCUCAUUCUUUAUCGAUUUCCUCUUCAUCUAUACGUGCACGGUUUGCCUCACAGCGCAGUUCCGUGUUUUUGCAGCGCUGUUCAACAAUUUUGAGGUUGCUUUGCGCUACUGUGGAGUUUCUGUGUUGUUUUGCAUUGUGUUUGGUGGAUAUGUCUUGUCGGUGGACCAGCUAAUGCAGGAUGUCCCGUGGGUUGGGUGGCUAGCAUAUAUCACACCGGCACUGUAUACCUACGAGUCCGUUAUGGCAGUCGAGUUCCAUAAUGCCAAGUUCGCCUGCGAAUCUGCUAAGAUUGUCCCAUCUGGGCCAAACUAUACCGAUGUCACAUACCAAACUUGCGCUUAUGCUGGCAGCAAGCUCGGCAGUACGGUAGUAAACGGUGAUGACUAUUUGGCGGCCCAGUUUGGCUUUUAUUACAGUCAUGUGUGGCGCAAUUUUGGCAUCCUUUGUCUCUUUACUGUUGUUUUUGUUGGACUCACCUGCUGGUUGAGCGAGACCCUUGAGUGGGAAUCGGACGGUGCUGGACCGAUUCAAUACAAAGGCUCCCAGAGACUGCUCAACCGCAAUGCGAAUACUCAACCCGACGAAGAGAAUACUCCUGUUUCGGUCGAUCCGAAGGCACCGCCAGCCCCAUGUUCGGAAAGCAAUCCUAACCAGGCAAUUGCGGCGACGGAGUCCACCUUUACAUGGGCUGACCUUGACUUGCAUGUUGGAAGUCGGCAAUUGCUGCAUGGAGUGGGUGGAUUCUGCAAGCCAGGGACUUUAACGGCCCUUGUCGGAGCUUCGGGGGCGGGCAAGUCUACAUUGUUGACAGCACUCACGCAAAGAAAGAGUCCAGGGACUUUGUCGGGCUCGAUGUUCGUGGACGACCAGCCCGUCGAUCACUCUUUCAACCGACAAAUUGGAUAUUGCCAGCAGAUGGAUAUUCAUGAUGAAAGCAGUACCAUCCGGGAAGCCUUUGAAUUUUCUGCACUACUUCGGCAAAGUCGAGAGGUCCCUAAGGCAGAAAAGCUGGCCUAUGUGAAAACAGUUCUGUACACCCUAGACUUGGUGGAGCUCCAGGAUGCAGUAAUUGGAUCGUUGGACAUUGAAAAGAAGAAACGGGUUACAAUUGGAGUGGAGCUCUGCGCCAGACCUAAACUGCUUUUGUUCUUGGAUGAGCCAACAAGUGGUCUCGAUAGCCAAGGAGCAACCAGCAUUGUUGCCCUGCUCCGCCAUCUGGCUGAUCAAGGACUGGCAGUACUGUGCACCAUUCAUCAGGCAAAUCAGCAGCAAUUUGAAGAGUUUGAUCGUGUCCUAGCGCUAAGCCCCGGCGGAAAGACGUAUUACUUUGGCCCGGUGGGAAGAUGUGGUCACGCCAUCUUUGAAUAUUUUAGAAAACACGGAGAUAACCCCGAAAAAGUCACCAAUGCGGCCGAUUAUCUUAUUGAGGUAGUUGUCGGUAGUAUGAAAGACCACCGAAGCCACGUCAACUGGGCCACUAUAUGGCAGAACUCCCAAGAAGCCGAGGACGUCAACAAAGAGAUUGCUCAGAUUCGCUCUCACGAGGGCAAGUCUGGGAAAUCUAGCCUUGGAGCAUCCUUGUCACCACCUUUACACCAGCAAAUCAUACUUUUGACCCAGAGGACAAGCCGCCAAUUCUGGAGAACGGCCGAGUACCCAUAUUCGCGACUAUAUGCAUCUUUUCUCCAUGCUCUCAUCAACGGUCUUACAUACCUCCAGAUCGGAAACAGCGCGACAGACCUCCAGUCCAAGGCUUUCUCGUGCUUCCUAGUCUUGAUGCUGGUUCCUGAAUUCAUAAAUGCCAUCUCCAUGCGGUUUAUCCUAAAUCGGGAUAUCUGGUUGGCGAGAGAAGGUCCCAGCGGAGUGUAUGACUGGGUGGCGUUCUGUACAGCCCAGAUUGUGUCCGAGAUUCCGUAUGCUACUGUUGGCGCCGUGGUGUUUUAUGUGCUUUAUUACUUCAUGGUCGGACUUCCCCUGGGGUUUGCUGCCGGAUACAGCUUCUUGAUGUUCUUCCUGUUCUUCCUUUUUGCUACGUCCUGGGGACAGUGGAUUGCCGCACUCAGUGCGGACUCUCUUGUUGCUGCGACACUCAUGCCUUUCUUCAUCAUCAUGUGUGAACUCUUCAAUGGCAUUCUGCGUCCUCAUUCGCAGAUGCCUGCAUUCUGGAAGUUUACCAUGUACUACAUCACCCCGUUCACGUAUUGGAUUGGAGGUGUUCUCACUGCUGUGCUGCGAGGUACUCCUGUGAUUUGCAACCAAAGCGAAUUAACCAUUUUCGAGAGUCCGCAGAACAUGACAUGUGGUGAAUAUGCAGGGCCUUGGCUGUCUUCGAAGGGAGUUGGAUACUUGUCCAACCCAGACAGCAGCGGAAAGUGCGGCUACUGUGAAUAUAGCUGGGGUGACGAUUAUCUGUCUGGGAUUGGCCUGGACUCCUCGAAGAUCUGGCCGUAUUUCGGGAUCUUCCUCACAUUCACCGUCUCGAAUUACCUGAUGGUCUAUCUUCUGGUCUACCCAGGGCCUGUGACUGAUUCCGAGCAUCGCAUGUCGCCCCCUGUAUCGCAGAUGCGUCCUCCGCGAGGCUCGAACGACCAGACUGCGGGCUCUGGCAUGUUCGUUUUUGACUCCAAACUGGGGCCAAAAUCAAGCUCCAAUCGCGUGACGAAGCGCAGUCGCCCGGAUGAACAGCAAGAGUUGCGUGAGCUGCGACACCGUCUCCAUAUUUUGGAGAAUGCAUUGGGCAGGCCAUCGGCGCUCCAGACCCCCGAAACGUCGGUCUGUGACGUCUUCUCAGAGCUCGGGACAGCUCAAAGUAAUGAGACUGUAGGAAUUGAUGACCGUGUCCGAUACUUGCCGGAUGCGUCUUUUCGUGGAAAAAAGGACAAGAGUCGCUAUUGUGGGCGUAGCCAUUAUGCCACCUCAAUGUCGUUUUUUCAAGAUGUUGGGACCUUUUUGCACCAUGGUCGGAAGACUAAGGGCAAGUGCUCAGAGUAUACCGACAUGAAGCAGUUCAAAAGGGGGCUUUGGUCCCAAGAGACUCAGGAUCAUCAGCGUGCCUUUCGUGAACAAGCCUCUAAGCUGGAAGAGAUGGUUCCACCGCGAAAUGUGGCGGACCAGCUAGUCCAACUGUAUCUGGAGACGUUUGAGACUACCUUCCGAGUCUUGCACGUACCAACUUUCGUAGCGGAGGAACGCCCUGAGCUGACAAUUCUAAAGAAAUAUUCUGACUACUGGAACAACUCCCUGCCAAAUGACACCACUUUUGUAGCUCAGCUACUGGCUGUGCUGGCUGCCGGCAGUUCAUUCUAUGUUCCAUCGGGCCAUGAAGAUCAAGAGACCUACCAAAAGCCUGCUGUGAAGUGGAUAAUGGCGGUACAGUCGUAUAUUGCGAGUGCAUUUGUCAGCCCUGAAAUCAACCUGCGAAUGAUUCAAACCCAGUGUCUCCUCUUGAUGGCCCGUUUGGCAGUGACCAGCGACAGCGAAGUAGCCUGGUCCUCGUCGGGGUGGCUGAUCCGCUCUGCGAUGACUAUGGGCUUGCACCGAGACCCAACCCGCUUUCGCAAAAUUAGGCCAUUCCACUGUGAGAUGCGACGCCGACUAUGGGCCACCAUUGUGGAAUUGGAUCUCAAACUCGCCUUGGACGGAGGGUUCCCUCCAUCUAUCGACUUGGAUGAGUGUGACUGCCCCCCACCGUCGAACUGGGAGGAUGAAAAAUUGACUCCAGAUAUGGAGAACAACCCAGCUCCGUCUAACUCGACGGCCUGUACCCAGAACCUCUACCAAGUCCUCCUCUCGAAGUCCUUGCCCUUGCGACAUCGGAUUGUCAAGACGAUAAAUAGCCUUCGAUUUGAGUUGUCCUACGACGAGGCAUUGCGACUGGGUGAAGAGCUCAUGCGAUUAGUGCAAAAUGCAUCGUCUAUUUUUGAGGACAAUACUUUGGGCAUUUAUCCUGGUGAAAUCGGACGGCAUCGAUUCGCCCAGUCCCUCUACUUGUUCAUCAUGCGCAAGUCUCUACUUGCUCUUCAUCGGCCGUUUUCACUUAGCGUUUUGAGACUGCCAAAAUUUUCAUACUCACGUAAGAUAUGCCUUGAAGGAUCCCUGGAGAUGCUCUCCCAAUUGGCGUUUUCUUCAUCAGAAGCAGUGGGUACUGAUGGAUCGCCGCGGCUUGCACAACUCGGCACUUCAAUGUUUCGGGAUGAAAUUUUUCAUGCGGCCAUUACUAUCUGUGUGGAGCUCUCAUUGCAGGCAGAUGAGGUCAACCAGACCUCGUCACUAGAAGGAGCAAAUUCCAGUGGGGUUUUAGGGCUUAUGAUUCAAUCGCAGCAAGCGGUCAUGCUGCAAGCUGUGGAACGCACAGUUGACGCGUUUGCCAGUCGAAUCGGGGCCGGCGGAAAGGGAUGCAAGCCGUUUUUCUUCCUGAGUCUGGUUUUGGCAUCGGUAAAAUCCCGAGUGAAGGGGGAGGAUCCGUUGUCAGAUAUUGAAGCCACUUCAACGAAGGUGGUGCGGAUAUGCCGUACGAUGCUGAAUGGCACUCCAUGGCCUGAGGCUCAGGCAGUUGCUGAACGCCAGGUGGACAAGACACCGAUGCCUGAAAAUCAGAUAAACCCAGUCUCGGACAUGCCCAAUGAACUGGACCCCACAGUUCUUCUAUCAACCGACAUGAACAACUUUACGCCGAUGGACUUGGGAGGCUGGUUUGAUAGCCUGGAUUAUGGCGGCCCGGAACUCUGGGACUAUGACCUAUUUGACAGCCUGCCAUCGAUUUGA